GCCUCAUCCCCAUUCGCUCCUUCACCCUCCCGCCGUCCGACAUUCCUUUUGAUCGCUUUAUUCAUGCCUUGAUUUGUUACUGUGACACCUGCUCUCUGAUUUGGACUCGUGAUGAAUGGGUACUCGGGGCAUGGCCUGGAUGAAGAUGCAUUCGGGGAAAAGCCCAGCUCAAAGGGCGGCUUGCAAACAUUCGAUGCCUUUCCCAAAACCAAGCCCUCGUACACCACGCCCUCGCGCCGCGGCGGACAAUGGACGGUUCUAAUCCUCCUCGUCUGCUCCAUCUUCUCCUUCUCCGAAUUCCGCACCUGGCUCAAGGGCACCGAGAACCACCACUUCAGCGUCGAAAAGGGCGUCUCGCAUGAUCUCCAAUUGAACCUGGACAUCGUCGUCCAGAUGCCCUGCCAAGCCCUCCACGUCAACAUCCAAGACGCCGCGGGAGACCGCAUUCUCGCCGGCGAGCUCCUGAAGAAGGACGACACCAGCUGGAAGCUGUGGAUGGAUAAACACAACUACGGCUCCGGCGCGUACCAGACUCUCAGUCAUGAGGAUGCCUACCGUCUCUCCCAGCAGGAGGAGGAUGCGCAUGUUCACCACGUCCUGGGCGAAGUGCGUCGCAAUCCGCGCAAGAAGUUCCCCAAGGGUCCGAAGUUGCGCAGGGGCGACUCGGUCGACUCGUGUCGGAUCUAUGGCAGCUUGGAGGGCAACAAGGUGCAGGGAGAUUUCCACAUCACGGCUAGAGGCCAUGGAUAUCGAGACUUUGCGCCGCAUUUGGAUCACGAUACCUUCAACUUCACGCACAUGAUCACCGAACUCUCCUUCGGCCCUCAUUAUCCCACCCUCCUCAACCCCCUCGACAAGACCAUCGCCUCCACCGAAUCCCACUACUACAAAUUCCAAUACUUCCUCUCCGUCGUCCCCACCAUCUACUCCAAGGGCUCUCGCGCGCUAGAUAUCUUCUCCGGCGCACCUCCUUCGCAGCAAACGCACUCCAACAGCAAGAACCUCGUCUUCACGAACCAAUACGCCGCCACCACGCAGGCCGACGAGCUGCCCGAAAGCCCGUUCUUCGUCCCCGGUAUCUUCUUCAAAUACAACAUCGAGCCUGUCCUGCUGAUGAUCAGCGAGGAACGCACCUCCUUCCUCUCUCUGCUUAUUCGUCUCGUGAACACCGUCUCCGGUGUCAUCGUUACCGGCGGCUGGCUGUAUCAGAUCUCCAGCUGGGCCAGUGAGCUCCUGGGUCGGAGACGCGCGCGGAAGUCCGAAGGUGUGCUGACUGGAAGACACCAUGCGGAGGAGUGAGUAGUGAGCUGGUUCGACGCUUCUCACUCGUACUUUCCGUUCUCUAUUUAGGGCUUGAUGCCCCUUUGCAAAUCUGGAGUCUCUUCUUUUGUUGCUUUUGGUCCUGGUGUUUUAUUCUCUUGUUUUGUACAAUUGUACGGGUCUAAAUUUGGUUUAUCUUUUUUAACCUUUCUGGUUUUCUGUUGAAUACUCGCCCGUGGAUAUCCAUUGAUUAUCGAUUGCUUUAGAGCACAAAAUACAUAUUGCGGUUUAUCUUUCCAGAAACAGCGAAACCAACGGUAUCUGUCCUCCGCAAAGAAAUUCAGUGUAGUUCGUAAAUGAGAUAUAACCCCGAGGUAUAUUGAUUG